CAGUCGACUGUUGAGAUCCAUCCGUUAUCAACGUAUCUUAAAACAAUUUAUUAUUUUUUUUUUUUUUCUGUCAUUUAUAUGAAAAAUUAUAAAUUAAAAAAAUUAUCUCUAUAUGCUAUAGUUAUACAGUGAUUUUUUAUCAUUUUAUUAGAAAUUAAUUUAUUGACAUUUUAAGUGAAUUUUAUAUUAUUUGUUGAAAAACUGUUAAAAACGUGUUGAAAUUAAUAAGUGAUUUCAAGUGAUAUUAUGUUUAUUUAUUAUAUUUUUUUUUAUUAUUAAUAAAUAAACUAAAAAUUAUUAAUUUUUUUAGUUUAUUGACAUAGAAAAAAAAAAAAAAAAAAAGAAAAUUUGUGUUUUUCAUAUAUAACUUGUGAUUUAUUUAUUAAAUAAUAAUAGUGAAAUUUAAAAAAUAAAAAAAAAAUUUUAUAUUUAAUUUAUAAAUUAAUUUUAAACAAUGAUGGAAGUUCAGCAACAACAUUCACCUGCUGUUGUGGGUCCACUUGAUUUUUCACGUAGAGGUGUUGCUGAGGCAUCUGCAUUUCGUGUUGUUAAACCAAAACAAUCAUCAACAAAUCAUUUAAAUCAACAAAAUAUAUUACCAGAAACGAAUAAUAAUAAUAUCAAUGAUAAUAAUAAUAAUAAUGAACACCAUGAACAUCCAAGAAAUCCAUCUGAAAUUGAGAGAUUUAAUGUCAGACUGAUGUUUCCAAGACUCUGGGCACCUUUUACUGACAAUUCAGAUAUUAUGAAAAUUCCACAGUCUGAAAAAAAUCACACAGAACGAUUAUCAUUUGGAGUUGGUAGAUUAGUUGGUUCACCACCAACAAGAAGUCCAUCACCAUCACAAUCAAUUGGUCCAUCAUCACCCCGACAAAUAAUACGUGAUACAGAUAUUGAUGUUGAAAUUGAAGAUGACGAUGAAGAAGAUGAAGAAAUUGAUGUUGACGUUGAAGAAGUUGAUGGUGAUGAUGAUGAAAUUGAUACAAAUAUGUCAAGUCCAUCAAGAAGAUCAAAUUCAACACCGUCACCGUUAUUAACACGUGUUGAAUUAUUAUCAUCAGUACAAAAACAAAAAAAACAAAAAUCCAUUGAUAGUUUUAGUGUAACAGCAUUAUUACGACCAGAUCCACCAUCAUCACAAAGAAAUAUAUCACCAUUAUCAUCAUCAUCAUCAUCAGAUACAACAACAACAACAUCCUCAACAACACCAGCAACAACAACAACAUCAUCAUCAUCAACAAUAUCAAUAACACAACAAAAUCAAAUACAUCAACAAAAUUCAACAUCAAAUAUUGGACUUUAUCCACCAUUACAUCUUCAAAGUGGAUUGCUACCACCUCAUCCACAUCAUCCAUUAUCAUAUUUACAUCCACAUUUAUUACCACAUCAUUUAUUACCACCACAUUUACAUCCACUACUUCGUGGUGUUCAUUCAGCUCAUUCUGGUAUUCAUUCACCACAUACAACACAUGGUCUUCAUCAUCCUCAUCCACUUGGUGAUGUUUAUAGUUGUGUUAAAUGUGACAAAAUGUUUAGUACACCACAUGGUCUUGAAGUUCAUGCAAGAAGAUCACACAAUGGUAAACGUCCAUUUGCAUGUGAAUUAUGUAAUAAAACAUUUGGCCAUGAAAUUAGUUUAACACAACAUCGUGCUGUUCAUUCAGCUGAAAAAGUAUUUGAAUGUAAACAAUGUGGUAAAGCAUUUAAACGUUCAAGUACAUUAAGUACACAUUUACUUAUUCAUUCUGAUACAAGACCUUAUCCAUGUCAAUUUUGUGGUAAACGAUUUCAUCAAAAAAGUGAUAUGAAAAAACAUACAUAUAUUCAUACAGGUGAAAAACCACACAAAUGUCAAGUAUGCGGUAAAGCAUUUUCUCAAAGUAGUAAUUUGAUAACUCAUUCAAGAAAACAUACUGGUUUUAAGCCAUUUGCUUGUGAUUUAUGUGGCAGAGCAUUUCAACGUAAAGUUGAUCUUAGACGACAUCGUGAAACUCAACAUGCUGAAUUAAGUGCAACAACAAUAACACAAAAUCGAUCAACAAUUGGCACAAUUCAACCAGUUAGUUUGACAAAUUCAAAUACAACAAUACUUCAGUAAACAAAAUUUUUAAACACCUAAUAUUUCAUAAUAUAAAAAAAUGAAAAAAAAAAAAAAAUGGAAGACAACUAAUGUGAACAGUGUAUUUGUAAAUUAUUGUGAUUCUUUUUUUUUUUUAAUUUUUUUUUUUUGUUAAUAACCAAAGAUUAGAUGUACGUGCAAUUAUAUCUUAUUAUUUUUGGUUUUAAAUUGCCAUCAAAUACGCUGUAAUAUAUUUGCAUAUCUUAAAAAAAAAAAAACAA